UGCAGCCAUGUUAAUGGAGCAAAGCCCCCUUUGCUUAUUUUUCCUUGCAAAACGUUGACAAGGCAAACUAAAAGAUAAAAGAAAGGCUGAAUGACCUUUAAGUGUUGUUUUGUUUUGUCAGUAACUCUGAAGGUCAUUGGUCUUGUGUUUAUAGUGUACGCAGACCAUAAGGGCUCUUCAUAUAAACAUUAGUUCAGGAAAGCCCAACUCCGCCUUUUCCGACUUUUCUUAUAAAUACCAAACAGCUCUGGAAAUCGGUCAUUGCAAAGGUGUCGUCUUUAAUUGAAAAAUGGCUUCCCAAGGGCUUCAGAUUAUGGGUGUAGUCACAGCCAUUCUGGGUUGGCUGGGGGCCAUUGCCGUGUGUGCUUUGCCCCAGUGGAAGGUGUCCGCUUUCAUUGGUGCCAACAUAGUCACAGCGCAGAUCAUUUGGGAGGGUAUGUGGAUGAACUGUGUGGUACAGAGCACCGGACAAAUGCAGUGCAAAGUCUACGACUCCAUGCUGGCACUCAGUUCUGACCUUCAGGCCGGUCGGGCCAUGAUUAUCGUCUCCAUUUUGACCGGACUCUUUGGAAUCGUCAUUUCCGUGGCUGGAGGAAAGUGCACCAACUGUAUUGAGGAACCAGGCUCCAAAGCAAAGGCGUGCAUCGUUGCGGGCAUUCUCUUCAUCGUGUCCGGACUUUUAUGUCUAAUCCCGGUGUCAUGGUCAGCAAACACGAUCAUCCGAGACUUCUAUAAUCCCUUGAUGGUGGAUUCCCAGCGGAGGGAGAUGGGAGUAGCACUGUAUGUCGGCUGGGCAUCUGCUGGCUUGCUCUUACUGGCAGGAGGAAUUCUUUGUUGGAACUGCCCACCGAAGCAAGAACGCAUCUACACACCUAAAUUCUCUGCAGUGAGGUCCAGCUCUACACCGAGAGAAUUUGUCUAAGAGGCACAAAUGCGAGAACAAGCCCUCCUGUAUUUAUGUAUGCAGUUCAUUUAUACAAUUCCUUUUUCUAUACAAUAGUUUAACAUUUUCAAUUUGUCUUUUCAGUCUUAAAGAAUUGUAAAAAUAAAUGAUGUUGGAUGUGUUACUGUAUUAUUUAACGCACUAUACCUAUAGUGAUUAGUAUUAGUAAAACAUUUUAAACAAGUGUUACGUGUUUUACUGCCUUUAUAUAUUAUUAAUUAUAUUCUAAACUGAUUUUUGUACUUCAAUAUAGACCGUUUCGUUGGACGCGCACCUGACCCCCUGUUAACUUCCGGUUUGUGUUUGGCUAGUGUCUAAUAAUGUAGCUAUUUUUGUUUAUUUAUUUUAUUUAUUGUAUAAUUGUUGUAUUAAAUAAACGAUUUGUCGAAUGGGUCCUGUAGUUAGGUUGCAUUUAAAGAAACCGUAUGGUAAAUUGAGAUCUGGGGCCAGUUGCGUACACAUAGCCGCUAAGUUAAGACUGUGUCUUAACAGCUAUCCUCACAGACUAGCAAUUAGUAAGGACUAAUCAGUCUUAUUUUUCAUAUUUGAACAAGACCAAUCUACCUUUUUAUGUAACUGACUUGAAGAAGUUAUUACCAGUCUUGAAGAAAAAAAUUUGUAAGCAGUUUAUGCAACCUAGUGGUUGAUUUUGGUAUCGCAGUCUAAAUUCAAAAUAUUGGAGAGACAAGUUUAGGCAAGUAACGGUUCUUCUCGGUUUCUUUUGAUUGUUAUCAGAAAUAAUCUACAGGCACUCUAUUGUUUGUGACCUGCACCGGAAGUUCACAAAAGUGCGCAUGCGCAGUAACGUUUAUGUUGUUAAGAUGAAACUGUCUAUAAUUUAUUGUAAAAUUUAUAUAAAAUAAAAGAGAAAAUGCAUUUUGUAUUAUUCUGUUAUUUUAAUGUACGUAUAUGUACAGUAUGUAUUUUUGUCAAAAAGCACUGUGAUCAAUGAAACAAUUCUGACAUGGCUUGCAGACUGUGGUGCAUAGGUAUCAGUUAAUGGAUACAUUGUUAAUUCAUCCAACUGUAAAAACUCUUGGGCCACAGUGGAUCUAUUGUCAUGGUUCUGCCUCAUCUUGUCUUGAUCUAGUGGCAGAAUCCUGACAGAACCUCUUGUUUCAUGUGGAGAGAGGCAUUUUGGCACUGAUGGCCUUCCAUACUCUCUGGUCUCAUUGUUCCUGCCCUCUUGUUUCCUCGUUAGUGCUCAUUAUGAUUUCAUGCCCCACACCUGUCAUCCCUUGAAUUUGAUCCCUUAUAAUGCCCUUGUGUUUUCUGUCCUGUGCUGGUUCAUUGUCAUUCGUUUCAUGUGGUGAGUUCCUGUCUUUAGUUGGUGUGGUGUGGUGUGGUGUGGUGUGGUGUGGUGCGGUGCGGUGCGGUGCGGUGCGGUACAUGUUUUCUGUGAAGAUGCAAAUGCAGGUUAUGGAAUAAACAAGACUUUUGGCAUUAUGUGUAAUCCUAAAACAUCUAAAUAUUUCUUUCUUGAAAUAUCUUCCAAAUUUCUCUUCCAUUUAGUUAAACAUAUGGAUAUUGUGGUGUUCAUUAAAUAAACACUCUGGUGUAGUGGUAUGUAGUAAAGUACUGGUUUAUUUUCUCUUUUGAUUCUGCCCCUUCAUACUUGGUUAUCUUGACCUUGUAUAUUUGGUAAUACUGCCGCCUAGGGGACAAUAUUAGGAACAAUAACUAAUCACUACAGAUAUAAUUUUCUGCCUGUAUAUUCAUUUUUAUUUCUGGCCAUAACCUACUUAUCAGGCACUUUUAAAAAUGUCACAGUAAUGAAUAUCACGAAAUGACAUUUCACUGUUACUAUCAAUCAAAAUGUGUGUUCACAUACUGUACAUAAUGCAUGAACUUCUUCCAUGUUCCCUUACAAACCAAUUUGCUUUGGCAUGUGGCAGACAUUUUGGAUAAGUAAUUUACAGUUCAUUCAAGGUACACCUUUCUUUGAUAUACGAGUACCUUGGCAUCAAAACCCAUGAUCUUUCUUAAUGCAGUGCUCUGUCUAUUGAGCUACUGGAAUCCCCAGUAUCGUGGAUUUUCUAAUAUAGAUUGAUACAUUUAGUUAAUACUAGGUCUCAUGUAUUUUUCGGAUAUAAUAUGGGCUAUGGGCCUCAUGUAUGAGUUUGAGCACUUGAACACCUGCACGCACAGCAAAUAUUUUAUCACAGUAAGACAGGAACUGCAUGUACACCACACAAACAUUGUAGACAUGUCUAAUUUAUCGCACAGACAUGGACACUGGGUUGCGCAUUAGUAAAACUGUGAUGAUAAAUCAUGUAUCUUCCGAUAAGCCCAUAAAAACGUCUGCCAAAUGCAUAAAUGUAAAUGUAAAUAUGAAGGGAGUGAGGAAGAGCGUGCAAGUGCUCCUUAAGAGCAAUAUUCCACUUCCACUACUCCUAUAGUGUGCACUAUAGUGCCUUAUUAUAUCUACAUCUUAUGUAUACAUGUAUAUAACACUACCUCUAUUUAAUAAAUUAUCCAUUUGCACAAGUGUACAUACAAUCUGUUAAUAUGUUUAUUCUACUAUAUACUACCCUGUACAAUGUCUCUUAUAUGUUAUUAUCCCCCAUUUUCUGUAAAAUA